UCCGCCCCGCCUCGGCGUAGCGGUGCGAGCCCGCCGCGCCGCCCAGCUCCGGCCUGCUCCGCCGCCGCGCCGGGCCCCCUCACGAGCACGCCCCGCUCCCCGCCCACCCGCCGGCCGUCGGGCAGCGCCCCUGAUUCGGGCGGUUGCGGCCAAAAUCCUUCUGUUUGGAUUCUGAACUAUGACAUCAUGGCAAGAUUUCGCAAAAGAACAUGCAUCAUUUUGUUGCUUUUUAUUUUGUUUAUUUGCUCCAUAAUGAUGGCUUUGAAGACACUGAGACCUGACAGAGCUGGCUUUGGGGAUCCAUUUGGACUUGGUUUGUUGCCUGAGCUUCAACAACGGACAGUGCACUUAGACAAUAAACAGAAUUCCCUAAAUAGGGUUCAAGGAGAUACUGUAACGCGUGUCAAUAAUUUGCAUAGUAUCGUAGUCAAUACUAUGAAAGCAUCUAUGCCUCCUGUAAACAAGCUGGAAGAAGAACUGUCAUCUCCUAAUUAUAACUUUCACAUAUUCUACUAUAGUUGGUUUGGCAAUCCACAGUUUGAUGGUAAAUACAUUCACUGGAACCAUCCGUUGUUGCCACAUUGGGAUCCCAAAAUUGCAAACAAUUAUCCAAAGGGAAGACAUAAUCCUCCUGAGGACAUUGGGGCCAAUUUUUAUCCUGAACUUGGAUCUUACAGUUCCAAAGACCCUUCUGUCAUAGAAGCCCACAUGAAACAAAUGCGUGCAGCUUCAACUGGUGUAAUAGUGCUUUCAUGGUACCCACCGGGUAUGGCUGAUGAAAAUGGAGAACCAACUGAUGAUUUAGUGCCUGUUAUUUUGGAUUAUGCAUACAAAUAUAAUCUAAAGGUCACUUUUCAUAUUGAACCUUACAAAGAUAGAGAUGAUCGCAGUAUGUACCACAAUGUCAAAUACAUCAUUGACAAAUAUGGAGGCCAUCCAGCCUUUUACAGGCAUAAGACCAGCACAGGCAGAUUACUUCCCAUGUUUUAUGUUUACGAUUCUUAUGUAACAAUUCCUGAAAUAUGGGCAAAUCUGUUAACUGUUUCUGGAUCCCAGACUAUUCGAAAUACUCCAUAUGAUGCGUUAUUCAUUGCACUUCUUGUAGAAGAAAGACAUAAGCAUGACAUUCAGAGAAGCGGCUUUGAUGGAAUGUACACUUACUUUGCCACCAAUGGCUUCUCCUAUGGCUCAUCUCAUCAUAAUUGGGCAAGUUUAAAAGCCUUUUGUGAUAGUAACAACUUGAUGUUUAUUCCAAGUGUGGGGCCAGGGUAUAUUGAUACUAGUAUCCGACCAUGGAACAACCACAAUACCCGUAAUCGCGUCAAUGGGAAGUACUAUGAGACUGCCUUUAGUGCAGCCCUUUUGGUGCGACCAGAAAUUAUUUCUAUUACAUCUUUUAAUGAAUGGCAUGAAGGAACUCAGAUUGAAAAAGCUGUCCCCAAACGGACUGGACAGGUGAUUUAUCUUGAUUAUAAGCCCCAUAAACCAAAUGUUUACCUAGAGCUUACUCAGAAGUGGUCUGAGAAGUACAGAAAAGAACAAGAACAGUGGCUUAUGUGAGUUGUUGCUGCUGCAGUUGUUUCCGAAUGCAUUGACUACAUUGGGAAAGAAGCAAAGAUCUGAAAAACCUGUUACUAAAUGUCCUUGUUAUAGAUGUGGUUGAAUUAUAUCUCUUGAAUGUGCUACUACUUGAAUAUGCACUACUACUGAAUUUGAAUUUUGAUGAGUAAAAAGAUGAUGAGAAUAUUGGCAUAUCUGUCUUAUUGGGUAUUGCAGUUCAGGAGUAUUCAGGGAAAAUGAUAGGACUUUUUUGUUGGUUUUUACAUGUCAUAACUUGCAUGCUAAGCUUCCAGAACAUGUGUGGCGUAACUUUACAUGACCAAAGUAGAACAAAAAUUUGGCUUAGUUAGCCUUACUUUCUUUAUUUCUGUAGUUGUGUUUCUAAUCAAAGUGAUGCUAUAAUCUAAAUUUUUGUCCUGGUAGCUUAUUGCAGGAUGCAUGUCUGUAGUGUGUGGAAUAAUACGCAUCUACUGGUUUUAAUGCUUUGUACACAGGGCAUUCUUGACAUGCGGCUAGCUUGUGGUAAAAACACUGAAGACGUGUGUGUGAUGCAACACUAGUGGGUUUUGUUUAAAAAAACAAAAACAAAAAACAAAAUGAAAGAUUGAGUUCCAAAGAACUGCUGAAAGCUGCUUAAAGAUAUCUAGUUUCCUUCCAUUUGUUCUGUUCAGUACACAGUGCAGACUUUUGCAGAUUACUGGAUACUAACGAGUAACAUAGUUUUUUCUAUGUUACCUUGAAUUAAAAAAAAAAAAAAAAAAAAAAAAAAAAAAAAGAAAUUUUAACCUAAGAGUGGAAUAGAUUUUUUUUUUUUUAAAGGGGGAAGAACACCUCAACAUGCAAAAAAUAUACUAAAACUUCCAUUGUUGCAUGUUGUGUGUUAACUGACUGCAGACACACAUCUACUGUGUUUUUUUAAAUGUUUAAAGAUUCUAAACCUAGUAUCUUACUAGUACUACAAUAAAUAUAAUUUUAGGAAAGUUUUGAUUUAGGAGCAGUUUAGUUUGAUAGAAAUUACAGCAACUACCCAUUAGUUUAAUUUGAAAUCUGAGAUUUCUGUUUUUCAUAUAGUUCAUCUAGUUGUUCCAGGAUUCAGAAUAGCAGAUCCUAAAAUCUUGUUAUUGUUCAGAGUAUCUCCCUACCAACACUACUUCCAAUGCUGUGGCGUGGCUUGAAAUGAGUACUUUCAGACACGUCUCCUCAGCAAUGUUUUUUUUUUUUUUUUGGCAUUUUUCAUAAAACUUCAUAGAAAAGUCCUGAAUUUUGGAAUAUAGUAAAAAUUGCAGUGUUUUAUUUGCAGCAAUGUUUACUCUGUAGCAAAGUGGCUUUUUUUUUUUCUUUUUUUUUGUGGUUGUGUUUUGUUCUGGGUGUUGUGUUUUUUGUUUUGUUUUUUUUUUUUUUGGGGGGGGUUUUGUUUGUUUGUUUGUUUUUUAAUUUUAUUUAUUUAUGUACAAGGUGCUGAUCCUGUGUUUUAGUUCAUAUGCUGAAGCUGUUGUGACCUCCAGAAUUCCAUUGAUUUCAGCAGGACCCAUAGAAAUAACAUUUUGUCCAUGAAGUUGUAAGGUGAAUGUGAGGACUUCUGGUUAAAAAAAGAAAAAAACCAAAACAGUAUGGUUUUUUUCCAGAAACCUUUAUUAUUCCAAAUAAAUGUAAGUGACUUACUACUCAUAUUUUCUAGAGUCUUUCUGAUAUGAAAAAGGUUUGUUUAUGUAAGUUCCACUUAUUUACAGUUUAAUUCUUUUGUCAUUUCUCUGCAGUUGUUGGAGAUGAGGUGUCAUAUAUUGCCCUCAGCUGCUUGAAAAAAAUGCAGAAAUUGGGCGACAUGUACAACCUGGUGUGUUGAAGUGCGCCUCUAGAGUUACUGGAGUCUUAUUAAUAUCUCUUUAUAAUUUUCUGCAUUUUCCUACUGCAUUUCUGCAAACUCCAAAGUGCUUCUGAAAGAAAUGUUUACUAAUGCUUAUGUUGUUUUACUUAUGGUCAGGUGGAUAAACUGAAGUAGAUACAAGCAUGACCAUAGUCACAAAAUAGCCCCUGAGACAUAUGAAGCACUUGCUAGGCUUUUAACCACUUCCAGGUUAACCACUAGCUCCCUUUAUUAAAGAAACUGAUUAUACUUUUUUCCUAUAAAUCCCUUAAGUAGCUAUAGAUAUUUUUUUAAAUAGAAUUUGUUAUAUGCUUAUGCUUUUACAGCCCAAAGAGCCCAUAUAUUUAUUUUAAACGUGAGGGAGCGAUUAAAUUUUUGCAUAUCAGUAUUGCAUAUAUUAUUAAAAAAUCUUCUGAAUUGAAACCUUUUUAAAGGACAAGUCUCUUUGUUUUCCCUUUGCUUAAACUUUUGUCAUAGAAUCAUGGAAUAGCUAGGGUUGGAAAGGACCUUAAGAUCAUCUAGUUCCAACCCCCUCGCCAUGGGCAGGGACACCUCGCACUAAACCAUGUCACCCAAGACUCCAUCGAGCCUGGCCUUGAACACUGCCAGGGAUGGAGCAUCCACCAGUCUUUUCUCACUGUAGUUGUCUGAGCACUUUACUAGUCUUGACAACCUUGCACUCCCCUUUCAGCUGCUUUCUUUCUCCCAGUGGCAGUUUAUUUUCUCCAUGCCUAUAAAUGUUGCUCCUUUUGUUGCUGUUUAUAGAAAUAUUUGAAAUCUGUUGUAUUGUACAACCAAGGUGAUCUAUCUUGUUUAAAAUAUAAUUUAUGGUAACAGUGUGAUGGGUCUUCAUUACUCUGAAAGACUUCUGUAAUUGCUGUAAAGGUGUCAUUUAGCUGUGAUGUGGUAUGGGCCAUGCCACACUGGUGUCUAAUGGGAUCUCUGCAAGAAUUUACAGAAUUUUUCUGGAAAAGAAUUAAAAUUAAGUGCCUAGAACUUUAUUGCCGCUGAGCACUUACUGUAUUUUUAUGUGUUUGAUGUGCUUUAAAAUAUAAAUAUGCAACUCAAUAAAAUAUUUCAGAGUUUAGAAUUUAAUUUGAUGAUCCUAAGGAGAGCUGAUGAAAUAUCAGCUUCUGCUACUACCGCAUCUGCCUGCCCAAUACUUUCUCUGUUCUUAGAGCAAAUACUAGUGCUACUUCUUGUCGUAGAGAAUAUAGAGUUUUGCUGAGGGACUGCUGCUGCAGCCAUGAUAGUUUUUUGAAAUUUCAGUAAAAAUAUGUCUGUGGCUUUGUACAAGUGUAAAGGAAUAAGAUCGUUACAAGUGCACAGAUAUUGGUGUGAGGUGUGGGAAGGUGAAUGUAUUUAGCAGGUGAUUGCUCCAACCUUUCCAGUUAGAGGAAAAAAAAAAAGAAAAAAAGAUUCCAAUGUGCAAUGAAAAUUGGGAGGGAGGGAAGAAUAUUUAUUACAAGUUUCAGAUCUGAAAUGGAAUUUAAAGAAUAUUCAGACCCUGUUUCACUUUGGCUUCACACCCCUAUUAUUUCUUGACUAAUUGGAAAAAAAAAAUUAAUGAUUACUUUUAAUAUUUUUACACUGAUUAACUGCAUUUGACUCAUCUUGUUAUAUAGUAUGUUAUAGUACAUAGAGUGAUAUACUACACUUAUAUAGUAUGCAAGAAACACUAUGAGAAGUUUUAACAGAGAUCAUGCCAUACUGUGCCUCUGCAAAUGUAGAAAUACCUGAAGUUAUUGAUCACAUACUACUGACUGAGUAUCCCCGGAGGGAAAGUGGUUUCUGAGGCAAGUAGCAAGUCUUUGUGGUAAAAGAGUUCUUUUUUUAAAGAAAACCUGUGGGUUCAUUUCUGCUUCUGUCGAUUCUGAUCAAGUAAAUUGUUUCAGUUCUGUGACCCGUCUCAGAACUGAAACUUAAUAUCUUCUCUGAAAUAAGAAUUUAUAUGAAAUCUUGUAUAGUAGUGCAUGUUUCUCAGAUGUAUACACUUGUACUGAAUUUUGAGGGAAAGAACGUGCAUAUGCUGUUACUAUUUCAGUGGCAAGCUGUAGAUCAUUGUGAAUGUAGUUUCUGUACCGAUCAUCAUGUUUGUCUAAUGCCUUUCUUUUGAGGUGCCAAUGAUUUGUUUCUUAAGAGGUUGUUGAAGCAGAAGGGUCUUUAGUGAACUCAUUUUUAUUGUGAAACUUAAUAUGUAUACACUCUGCAUAGUUUGAAUUAACACAUUUUGCACACGGCUCUUGGGUUCUCUUAAAAGCAUUUUACAGGACAAUGUAUCUCUGGGCACAUGGGCAAGGACGUACUGUAAUUUAGGGCACGUUUUUGUGACUCUUGUGUAUCUGAAAAGAAUAAAGUAUUUACAGACAAAUUAUUUAUAGCUGAAAAUCUCUCUUCCGGUCUUAAGGUAUUUUACAAGUAUUGAUCCUCAUCUUUCUGUUUGCGUAAGAUAGUGUCAAUAUUUCAUUCCUUUUUUAUUUUUUACUUUUGACCAGCAUGUUAAAUGUUGCACAAACUUCUAAAGUGAUUGUAUUUCCAAGACUUCAUAGUUGUAAUAUUCAGUAAAGAGAAUCUACAAGAUUAGUGGUACUGUAGAAAAGCCUGAUACGAAUUUGAUAUUGUAUAGGUAUGAUUUUGUUGUGAAUGUGUAGUGUAUCUUUGCUAUGUAUUGAACAUGAAUAAAAAAGAUACAUUUCUUUUAAGCCCUA